AUGGAAGAAAAACCAGCGCCGGAAGACAUUUUACGAAAAGGAGCUCUGGAAGAUAAGCCGCUACUGCCGAGAAAAUCAGAGAUUUUUGAGAUUCCUAAGGAUCAGGGCCGAAAGAUACCCUACCUUCGCUUCUUAAUCCUGUGCCUUGGUGUUUGCUCAGCUGCGGCUCCCGUAUCCUGUUAUUUUGCAUUUACAUUCGCUGUGGCUUGUAAUAAUCCGCCUGGGUUGAACCGUAGUGGACUGUACAACAGUAAUCCAGAAAAAUCCCCAAUAAUCUACUAUGAUGGUGUCCAAGAAUCGAUCGCUUUUUCCGCAUAUUCUAUCGGAAAUUUAAUGAUGCUGCCGGUGCUACCAUUCAUCAAAUUUGCGGAUGUAAGGACUCAAGUUUUUAUCGAUUUCUUCACGGAGCUGCUGGCGCUCCAACGAUUCCCCCUCCUAGGCCAUCUAUGUGCUCACUGGGCCCCGAAAAAGGAGAUCGGGCUCUUUGUCGGGGCUAUUACAUGCUAUUCUCAGUUUGCAAUAUUCUUUACAAUGACCGUCAGCGGUGUCACUUGCGAGUACGGGGGCUGGAGGCCGAUAUUUUACCUUCAUGGCGGUAUCACUAUAGGAUUGGCAAUGCUUUGGAUCGUAUUUUUCCACGAUUUUCCUCAUAAGCAUCCGCAUCUCGCGAACAAGGAGUAUAUGCUAAUUCAUACCGGUCAGCGAGAGGUUCACGCCGUGCCGGAUGUACCGAAAAAAAAACUCCUCGCUCAUCGAGGUAUCGUUGCCGUCAUUAUCGCCGCCAUCGGGAAUUAUAAUGGCAUCAGCCCCCUGAUCGUCUACUGCUCACUUUUGAUGAGGAAGGGCCUUGGGAGCUCUGAAAUCGAAAUAUCUUCCUAUGUUGCCACCUGCUUUGCCGUGCAGGCAUUUUUCAAAAUCACGAGCGGCAUCGUCAGCGACAAGUUAAAAGUGUUUUCCGAAAAAAAUAGACUUCGACUGUUCAAUUCCCUAUCUUGUGGGUUAUCUGGUGUCCUUAUGAUUGGCACAGCAAUGCUGGACCCUAAAGAAAAGAUUCUUUGUUCGAUUAUGUUGACGUUGACCCAAUCGAUAAUUGGCUUCAACUCGGCUGGCUUCAAUCGGGCAGCAAUUAUUGUUUCCGGAAAAUACGCUUCUUUCAUCAUGACAAUAAUUGGGGUGAUUAUUGCGUUGUCUACCAUUAUUGAGCCGUUCGUAGUAGCAGCCGUAGCGCCGGAACAUACGUGGAGUCAAUGGUUCCCACUGCUCGUCGUUCAUGGCGCAAUCCUGGUGAUCUCAAAUUUCCUGUUUUGCCUAUUAACCGAUGGAAAGCCGUUUCACGAAGAA